AUCACUAUUUACACCUACUUCGAUGUAAACUCGCGAACGGCAUGCCACCGACUCCAUCCCUAUCCUAUCCGCACCCAUAUGCUGAGCCAACAGAAGAUACAAUAAGGAGAAAUGUCGCUGACGUCUUUGGGAAGACUCUUUGCGGUUUCCAAUUGAGAGCAGUCGUUGCCCAAAUCCAUCGGAGGGAUUUGCUCUUGACAUCCGGGACUGGCUCUGGCAAAACUUUGAUAUACUGGGUGCCAUUGCUGUAUAAUGGCGGAAGGAUUCUAGUAGUCAUAACACCACUUACUGUCCUUGGCUCUCAGCAAGCAACUGGACUGAGCGCACUUGGUGUAAGAUCUGUCUGUAUCUCAAAGGACAAUCUAUCGCCAGAUCUUCUUGAGGACAUCUGCCAUCGAAAAUACCGUGUCAUUAUUCUCUCUCCUGAGCUGGCUAUGGACCAUCGCUUUCUGGAGAUAUGGACGCUGGACUCCUUCUCGACUUGGGUAGACCGAGUCAUUGUGGACGAAUGCCAUGUGGUUUCUGAAUGGGGGUCGACCUUUCGUGAAUCAUAUAAACAUCUCCACACCCUUCGCUACAUUUUCCCACCGUCUGUGACCAUUACUGCUGCAACUGCUACGCUACCUCGCUGCAUCAAACUCGAAGUUAUCCAAAACCUCGGGCUUUCAAAAAACUAUGUGGAAGUCAAGAGGACAAAUGACCGCUUUAACAUUAGCCUUUCAGUGUGGAAAAUGCGGGGUGCUUUCCGAAAAUAUCACGAUUUAAACUUCUUGGUCACUGUCGGUGGCCCUUGGAUGGCUUUCUUUGAUGAUCGAAACCACACGUUGGGUGCCGCAAAAUAUAUCCGGAGCCUCCUAGGCCAAGAGUCCAAGGAGAAAGUCGUUUGGUUCCACUCUACCAUGUCUGCCGACUUUCGUGCAUCUGCAAUCCAGAAGCUUAAAUCAGGUACUUUGAUUGGGAUUUGCUGCACAGACGCAGCAGGAAUGGGACUUGAUCUUCCCAACAUCAGGCUUAUUGUGCAGUACGGUGUUCCGGAUACACUCUCAACUUGGGCUCAACGGCUCAGAAGGGGUGCCCGAGAUUUUUCCUUAUUUUGUUCUGCAAUCCUCAUUGCUGAGCCAAAAUGGUUUGGUCCUGAAACUCCAGUAUCGACAUCGUCGAAGACGACCCAGCGGGUUUCCGAGAUUAAACUUAGGGAAGCUAUGGCUAUGAAGGAGUUUAUUACAACCAGCCGCUGCCGUCGAAUCAUUCUGAAUAGAUAUUUCAGUAAUGAUGACUGUGACAUAGAAGAGUUUUGCUGUAGCCGAUGUGCCCCUCACACCCCACUAUCAUGCUGCGAUAACUGCAGUCCCGGUUCCAGUAUUCUUCAACCCCCAGAUGAACCUACUGUUUUGAUCCGCCGUGCCCCAUUAAGGGCUUAUGAGAGGUCCGAGGCUGAAGAGCAACUGGAACAGCAGCUGCUAAAAUGGAGGGAGGAAAAACUGCGGGGCCUUUUUCCUGAUGAGGCUGACAUCUUGCCGGGUUCUGACAUUCUUGCGGAUGAAAUUCUUACACAAAUCGUAGAUUUAGCACAUUUUGGGCGUCUUCCGAGCAUUGAAGCCCUACAGUUUGAAACACGAUGGACACUUAGUUCGAGAUUUGGGCAAGAAAUAUUGGCGCUUGUGACUGCAACUCAUCCACAAACUGUUCCGAGCAUGAAGAAGGAAGCUGAUCUAGAAGAGCUCAAGGCACGAAGACCUCCCACCUGCAGUGCAUGCAACAAUCCUGGCCACACUAAAAUGCAAAAAAUCUGUCCACAACACCCGAGCCAUAUCCAGGCCUCAGUCCAAAGUUCUCUAGCCCAACCUCCCUUUCCCCUUGCUGCUACAUCCCUAUCAAACUCAGCUCAGUCGUUGUUUCGAAGACCUAGCUCCCUGUUUGAGCAUCACCUUUCAUUUCCGACACAUUCAGUUCCAGCUAAACGUGCACCGGAACCUGUAGACAGUACUGACUCCCACCAUGCUAAGCGAUGUGGGUUUAUCCAUGCUACGGAUGCGGCACUUUCUGAUUCCGGCCUUCAGUUUACGUGGGCACAAACUUUCCUCCACCUGUUGACUAUGGGAAACUGCCAAUUGGGAAAUUCAAAGGCAAGUUAAGCACAGAUGGUAAGGAACUGCUUAAUUUGUCGCUACUACUGCGGCUGCUCAUCAACUAGUGCAUCGUCGAUUUCCAUCCAUUCUUCUUGUGCUUCCCUUCCAGUGCCUACAUCAUCUAAAUUUUCCACGACAGGCUGAUUUCCAUCCAUAUCCACCACUUCUCUGCUUGCCACAUUGAUCUCAUCCUGCAUCAUUCGACGGCCGCGUGUAAUGUGGUUUGGAAUCCAUGCAUCGGCUCUCCGACCUUCAAUGUAUUUGUUAGGAUUAACUACCUUAAUUCCGUCCACCAGGCGCUUCAGUGUCUUCUCUAUUUUGGGUGGUGGGUGAAGAACAGCUGUGCUUUUUAUAUAGAAGUUUCUCUCCAAACUUUUCAUCGCUUUUCGGAAUGUUCCCACCAGAAUAGAGUGUUUAUAGAUUAGAUUCCACGUUCUCGAUGGAC